AUGGCUGCCACCGCUGUCCGACUCAUUGCUCCUCUCCGAAGCGCCCUCAGCGUUCCCCGGUUCCGAGCUUCUUCCGCUCUCCGCUAUGCCGCUCAGCCAAACAUCAGACGGCCAUUCUCCCAGAGUUCAUUGCUUCGAGCAAAGAAAUACACCGAACAGCAUGAGUGGAUAGAGCUUUUGGAAGAUGGCAAGACCGCUACAAUUGGUAUCACCGAAUAUGCUGCCAAAGCCCUCGGAGAUGUUGUUUACGUCGAAUUACCAAGCGUUGAUGAUGAGGUUGCGUGCGGUGAUGGCAUUGGCGCUGUCGAGUCUGUCAAGUCUGCUUCAGACAUCAUGUCUCCCGCCAGCGGGAAAGUCAUCGAGGUCAACACUGUUCUGGAGGAGAAACCAAAGACUGUCAACGACUCGCCCGAGGAAGAUGGGUGGUUCGCUAAGAUUGAGGUUUCCGAUGCUAGUGAGCUGGAUGGUUUGAUGGAUAUCGAGGCAUAUAAGGCCUCCUUGGAGGAAGCCGACUAA